GCGAAGGUCGGUGGAUGACGAUGGCCGGCGGCGGGGGACUGAACCGGUCGACGUCGAGGGGGCAGCUGCCGCCGCAGGAGCUGCUCGACGAUCUCUGCAGCCGGUUCGUGCUGAACGUGCCCAAGGAGGAUCUGGAGUCGUUCGAGCGGAUCAUGUUCCUGCUGGAGUGCGCGCACUGGUUCUACGAGGACAACUCCGUCGAGAACAACCCCUCCCUCAAGUCCCUCUCCUUCAAGGACUUCACCACCCUCAUGUUCAACAGCUGCAACGCUCUUAGGCCCUACCACGCGCACCUGGACGACAUCUACAAGGACUUCACCCACUACAAGUUCCGCAUCCCCGUCUCGCUCGGGUGCCAUCAUCCUCGAUGA